AUGUCGGACAGAACAAUGGAUCGGCAAGUACUGUUGCUUAUUUCGGUUCUCUCUGUCUGUUCGGUACACGCGCAGGUCAGUUAUUCCAUUCCAGAGGAAAUGGCCAUAGGCUCUGUAAUCGGAAACAUAGCACAGGAUUUGGGUUUAGAUAUAAAGAGGCUGAAAUCGGGCAAAGCUCGUGUUUAUAUGGGAGAUAGCCCUGAAUAUAUCGAGGUGAAUAAGGAUAGAGGAGUCCUCCUCAUUAAAGAGAGAAUAGAUCGAGAGGUGCUCUGCAGAAAGACGACGCCCUGUGCUAUACAUUUUCAGAUUAUCCUAGAGAACCCAAUGGAAUUGUUCAGGAUAACACUGGAGAUAACAGAUAUUAAUGACAAUGCCCCUUCUUUUGAAAAGCCAGAGAUUAAAUUUAGAAUCAGCGAGUCGGCUGUCAUCGGAUCUAAAUUCGUACUAGAGAGAGCAAUGGACCUGGACGUCGGCGUCAAUGAUCUUCAGACUUAUUCGCUUAAACCUACAGAUAAUUUCAUUUUGAAAAUAAAAAAUCAACCCGAGGGGGGGAAACUUGUUGAAAUGAUAUUACAAAGAGCUCUAGAUCGAGAAAAACAAGACCAGAUAUCAUUAGUACUUGCAGCCAUGGAUGGCGGUGAACCGCAAAUGUCAGGGACUGCUCAAAUACAAAUAACAGUGCUAGAUGCGAAUGAUAAUGCACCGAUUUUUACUCAGGCCAUUUACAAAGCGACAGUAAAGGAAAAUGUCGAAAAAGGCACAAGUUUAGCAACAGUUAGCGCUUCAGAUGCCGAUCUGGGAAGUAACGGGGACAUUACCUAUAGAAUAACAAACACUAUGGAUGAUGUUCGGGAAAUGUUUGAGAUAAAUGAAAUGAACGGAGAGGUAACAGUGAAAGGACACAUUGAUUUUGAAAAGGCGCGUAAUUAUGAAAUACACAUCCAAGCUAGCGAUGAUGGAGGUCUGACUGAUUCGUGUAAAAUGAUUGUUGAUGUUAUAGACAUGAAUGAUAACAUACCUACAGUUAGUAUUUUGUCGAAAUCAAACGUGAUAAAUGAAGACGCAAAAUCUGGGACUAUUGUAGGUAUGUUCAAUGUCCAAGACCCAGAUUCCGAAAUUAAUGGUAGGGUUCACUGUAUGAUAAAUGACAGCCUUCCUGUGACCCUGAAAUUAUCGUCAGACGAUUUCUAUAGUUUAGUUACCCACAGGGACUUGGACCGAGAGAGAGAAAGUGAUUAUGAUAUAAUAGUGGUGUGCGCUGAUGAGGGAAUACCCUCUCUCUCCAGUAGCGUCACUCUGUCGUUACAGAUAUCAGAUGUCAAUGACAAUGCGCCUGUCUUUGACAGGAGCUCAUAUGAGGCCUUUAUUCAAGAAAACAACACACCGGGUUUCUCCAUAUUCACAUUAAAAGCUAGAGACGCAGACUGGAACCAGAAUGCCCGCAUUUCUUACAUACUGGAGGACUCCAUGGUUAACGGAGUGCCAGUAGCAACAUACGUGUCCGUUAAUGCAGAUAGUGGCGUCAUCCAUGCAGUGCGCUCUUUUGACUACGAGCAGAUCAAAGACUUUCAAUUCCGGAUAAAAGCGCAAGAUGGAGGCUCCCCUCCCCUGAGUAGUAAUGUGAGCGUGAAAAUCAUGAUUCAGGAUCAGAAUGACAACGCACCUCAGAUUCUGUAUCCAGUGCAGACUGGUGGGACUGCUGUGGCUGAAAUGGUGCCUCGUUCCGCAGAUGUUGGCUAUCUCGUCAGUAAAGUGGUGGCUGUUGAUGUGGACUCUGGACAGAACGCCUGGCUCUCAUAUAAACUGCUGAAAGCCACCGACAGAGCGCUGUUUGAAGUGGGUCUGCAGAAUGGAGAAAUAAGAACUAUUCGCCAAGUCACUGAUAAAGAUGCUGUGAAACAAAGGCUUACUGUUGUGGUGGAGGACAAUGGCAAGCCCUCUCGUUCAGCUACAGUCAAUGUUAACGUGGUGGUAGCUGACAGUUUCCCCGAAGUACUCUCGGAGUUUACAGACUUUACACAUGACAAGGAAUAUAACGAGAACCUGACUUUUUACCUGGUCUUGGCCUUGGCUGUAGUUUCCUUUCUCUUUAUAGUGUCCAUUAUAGCCAUACUGUCUGUGAAAUGUUAUAGAUGGAGACAAGAACGGAUGUUUUACAAAUCCAACACCAAUCUUCCAGUUAUUCCCUACUAUCCACCACUUUACGCAGACGCAGGGGUUACUGGAACUCUACAACACGUGUACAAUUAUGACGUUUGUAGAACAACUGACUCAAGACUAAGCGAUCUGACGAACGUUAAACCUUGCAGUCAAAGUAUCAUUAGUUUGGAUAGCUGUGAAACGCACACGCUCCAGCAUGCGCAACGAGAGAAAGAGACCAUUGACGGUUCGCAUGGCCAGGUGAGCUAA